AUGCUCGCCUCAAGCCGGUUGCCCGGCGUCGUCGCCCGUAUGGGCAUGAAGCAGCCCGCUCGUUUGAUGUCAACGGCACAAGGACAGGCUCGCGUCCCAAGCUCCAUCAUCUCCACAAUCUCCACCGCUCGCCAGGCGGCCGGGCGCAAUGGUCUGCUUCUCAAUGGUGGCCGGAACACUUUCGCCUCGACCAUAAUUCGUGGUGCGAUGCAAUCCCGAGGCGUCGUCGUCGAGUCGACCGCCGCCGCGAUUGUCACGGCUGCCAAAGUCCACGGUGCCGGAGCCGCCACGAUCGGUCUCGCCGGCGCUGGUGUCGGAAUUGGCACGGUUUUCGGCGCCCUCAUCAAUGGCGUCGCUCGCAACCCGGCCAUGAGAGGCCAGCUUUUUUCGUAUGCCGUUCUGGGUUUUGCCUUCGCCGAAGCCACCGGCUUGUUCGCCCUGAUGGUUGCUUUCCUCCUUCUCUACGCCUACUAG